GCUGUUGAAUGUUCUGUUGUUUUACGACUUUGUCAAACGUGGGGUAAAAAGAUCGAUAUAUCAGAAUCUCUUGGGAAUAUAAAAGUCACCUUUCCGAUUCCGUUCCUAUUUCUUCGUGCCAACCUACACCAUGGCUACCAACGGCACUAAAGGUGUCAACGGCGCCGCCGCCCAUCGAUUCGACCCUACCUUUACCCAGAAAGUUAUUGAUGCCAUGGGCCCCAAAACCAGUCCUCGCAUGCGAGAAGUCAUGACCAGCUUGACCAGACAUUUACACGACUUUGCGCGAGAAGUCGAGUUGACCGUCGACGAGUGGACAGAAGGUGUCGCUUUGAUUAACUGGGCUGGGCAGAUGAGCAACGAUAAACGAAACGAGGGGCAAUUAGUGUGUGAUGUUGUCGGACUGGAAUCACUUGUCGACGAGAUCACAUACAAGAAAGCAUCCGAGGCGUCAGAUUUGGCCACCCAGAGCGCAAUCCUCGGCCCUUUCUUUAGACAUGACCAUCCUAUUCGAGAAAAGGGUGCAACCAUUUCGUUCAAUACCCCCAAAGAUGCCGAGGUGGUGUACAUGUAUGGUCAAGUGGUGGACGCAAAGACCAAGAAGCCUCUGGCUAAUGCAACAAUUGACGUGUGGGAGGCUUCCACCAACGGUCUUUAUGAACAACAAGAUCCCGAUCAGAUCGAUUGCAACCUGCGAGGCAAAUUUGUGACGGAUGCUAAUGGGGAAUAUGCAUUUUAUUGCCUGCGGCCAACUCCUUAUCCAAUCCCGUUCGAUGGGCCUGCGGGCAAGCUCUUGCAGUUGUUGGAUCGCCACCCAUAUCGGCCAGCGCAUAUUCAUCUAAUUGUUCUGCUGGAAGGAUACAAGCCCAUCACGACACAGAUAUUCGACAAGGCCAGCAAGUACUUAGAUGACGACUCAGUGUUUGCAGUCAAGGACUCGUUACUGGUAGAGUUUGUUCCCCGGAAAGGCGAUGAGCAGGCCCAGCUGGAGCUCAAGUAUGAUGUAAAUCUGGCGCCACAGGAUGCCCAAGGCGAGUCUGGGGACGGUUUGGCGACGCAGGGAUCCGGCAGAGGGUUCUAGAGAAAUGCCAUAUCAUAGCAUGAUUAUUGAGGGAGAUGUUCUCUCUGUGUGGGCGGUGAACUCAUGAAACUGCGCACAUUCUUUGGAGUUUGGGAUUUUGAAGAAUGGAAAGCCGUUCGUCACGUUCUUGCCGCAAGUAUAUUUGCAAUAUAUGGAAGGAACGCGUCUUGUCUCGAUUCAGACCGGGAAGGUGCUGUGAACGUGUUGG